GUUCAAACAACGGCAUUCUCUCCAGCAAGUCACUUUUGAGACAUUCACGCCAGUUCGCUUAUCACACGUGGCGUCUUAGCACUUCACCAAACAAUCACCACCCACCCACCCACUUGUCGCUACAAAUAGCCUGUCCGUGGUUUCCGAUAGCCCAUCUUCCCUCGCCACUUCUUUCAACAAAACACGACAAAUCCUCAACAUCCAACCAUGUUUGCCCGUAUUGCUGCCCGCGCCCCUAUUGCCGCCGCCUUGGCUGGCAAGCGCGCUGCUCCAGCCACCAUCCGGUACAACUCUUCCAGCUCCUCGAGCAGCGCCGCUCGCAUGAUGGAGAUGGCUGCCCAGGCCGAGCGCCCAAGCGCCACUGAAGUCGCCGUCCCCGUCAUGUGGGCCAUCUGCGGCGCCCUGGGCUACACAGCCUGGAACCGCAUGACCGAGCGCACCGCCGGCCAGCACGUCGAGAAACUCCUUAUUGUUUAGACGUGGACAAGAUGUUUUUCUAAUGUCCUCCUUCUCCACCAUGACCACCGCUACGAUACCCCCUCAAUCACCCUUUACUUCUCUUGUCGAGUACGACACCA